AUGGAUGGAGAAAAUGACACGGCCAUGGGAGACUUUCACAGUGUACCCUCUACCUCCCCGUCACGCGUGCCCUUUGGUCCAUCAACAGUUUCCCUCAACCCCCACCGUGGAACGGACCCAAUUCUUCCCCCUUCCAUAAUCCCUCGAUUGGUCUCUAAAUCUUCAUCUGGAUUUGAGCGCACUUCAUUACGAGAUCUACCACCCCCGAGCGGUAUCUCUUCGCUCAACCAGUCCAUCAAGAAGAGCGCUUCUGAUAGCAACUCCGCAGAAACCUCUUCUUCCCAGACCGACAGCAUGGCUUACGAUUUGUCCGGUGAUGAAAUGGAUAUGGAUCCACCCAGCUUUCUCCCAACUGGCCUGUGUUAUGAUGUCCGUAUGCGGUUCCAUUGCGAGAUUAGUCCGACCGCGGAAUUUCACCCAGAAGAUCCACGACGAAUCUAUUACAUCUACAAAGAGCUGUGUGGUGCCGGCUUAGUUGAAGAGCAUAUUCCGUCCCAAAACAACGCCCGCAAGACUCUGAAGCGGAUUCUGGCUCGCCCUGCGACUGAAGACGAGAUCUCCACCGUCCAUACGAAAGAGCACUUUGCAUUCGUAUCGAACACCCAAGCUAUGUCCGACAAGGAACUUGAGAAACUUGAAGCAGACUGGGACUCGAUUUACUUCAACAGAUUGUCCUUCGAAAGUGCUCUACUAUCGGCGGGCGGGGCAAUUGACACUUGUCUGGCAGUCGCCAAGGGCCAGGUUCAGAACGCGAUCGCAGUCAUUCGUCCACCUGGUCACCAUGCCGAAACCGAAAAAGCCAUGGGGUUCUGUGUCUUCAAUAACGUUUCCGUUGCUGCCAGCGUCUGUCAAAGACAGCUAGGAACAGAUUGUAGGAAAAUCUUGAUCCUGGACUGGGACGUUCACCAUGGGAACGGAAUUCAAAAGGCAUUUUAUGAAGACCCCAAUGUCCUUUACAUCUCCAUUCAUGUUCAUCAAAAUGGCAUGUUUUACCCUGGUGGCAACGCAGGAAACUGGGAUCAAUGUGGUGCAGGACCUGGCGCCGGAAAGAACGUCAAUAUUCCAUGGGAAGACCAGGGCAUGGGCGACGGCGACUACAUGUAUGCCUUUCAAAAAAUUGUAAUGCCCAUUGCUCUUGAGUUCGACCCGGACCUGGUGAUUGUUGCUGCUGGGUUUGACGCUGCCGCAGGAGACGUGCUAGGGGGUUGUUUUGUGACGCCCCCAUGUUAUUCUCAAAUGACACACAUGCUCAUGUCUCUUGCCGGUGGCAAACUUGUCGUGUGCCUGGAGGGCGGCUACAAUUUCGAUUCUAUCUCCAAGUCGGCACUGUCAGUGACUAAGACCCUCAUGGGUGAUCCUCCGGAACGCUUGACUGCUACCACACCCUCAAAAUCUGCCAUGAAGACCGUUUCCCUUGUGGAACAAGCCCAAUCAGCGUACUGGAGCUGCCUUACUGGAAUUCAAAUUGCCCGUAAGGAAAAGCAAGGUUGGACUCGGAUACAUGACAAAAUUCGGGCACAACAAGCGAACGAGCUAUACACCCUGUUCAAGCUUACACCCCUGUUUAUCUAUCGCAAUACCAUUUCAAAGACAUUCGAGCAUCAAGUCUUGGCUAGUUCGAACCUCAACUCAGGUGUUCCCAUCGUCGUCAUAUUCCACGACCCCCCUGAAAUUGUGGUCGGUGCGGACCCCAUCUCGGGAAAGCCGGAGGCUCAUAACACGUGGAUUGCCGAUUUCCAGAAGGACUACGUCGAAUGGAUUGUGAAAAAAGGCUUUGCAGUAAUCGACGUCAACAUCCCCAAGUUUGUCACUCGAGAUGAAGAUACCGGAAAAUACGAGGACGAGGAUACAGAACGACCCCAUACGACGGAGAAGCUGGCAGCUUACCUCUGGGAUAAUUACAUUGACGUCCAAGAGGAAACCCCCGAAGUCUUCUUCAUCGGAAUGGGUACUGCCUUCUAUGGCGUUACGUCCUUCUUAAUCAACCGCGACAAUCUUUACAAAAAAGUGAAUAGUGUCAUCUCGUUUGUCACGUCUCAUCCGGUCCGCGCCGUUGCAUCGGCCACACAGACGUGGAUGUCUAAGUGGUACCGCGAGAACUCCUUGGUUUUCGUCUCCCACGAACAUGGAAUCUGGGACCAUAAGCUAUCCAAGCGCUACGGAUUGCUUCGAAAGUCCCCACAAUCUUACCUUGACGAUAUGGUCGGCCAGCACAAACAAGAAGUAUUUGAUUGGAUCUCCGGUCGUAUCGAUGCCCUGAAGCCAGAUCCGGAAGCAGAACAAUCAUCGUCGUCCUCGGCCGGGUUCAAGCCUUCCACGACAACGGAUUCGUGA